AUGAUUUAUUCUCUUUGGAUUUUCGAUAGACAUUGUAAUUGUAUCUUUGAUAAGGAAUAUACAUUGAAUCAUUCUACACCCAUUGUGAACUCUAAGACGCAGCAAUCUAGAGGUAAGCUUAUAUACGGUAUGAUUCACUCACUAAGAAGCAUGUCAGUGAAAAUGGCCCCAGGUAAUACACUUCGAACAAUCAGUACAGGGAAGUAUAGAAUACAUGCAUUGUUUACGGCUUCUAACCUCUGGAUUGUAAUAUUUUCUGAUUUAACGCACCAUGAACUACACGAAAGACUUGAUAAAAUAUACGAAUUAUACUUGAAAUAUGUAGUACACAACAUGUUGAAACCAAUUGAUUUCAAAAAGGCAGAGGAAGACGGAGAAACGGCAAAAAUCACAAAUACUUCUUUUAUCAAAGCAGUCGACCAAGUAUUAUGCCUAUAA